AUGUCAAAUACAUUAACAACCGAAAGAAAUAUAACUAAUUCACCAACAGCAGCACAAUUGAAUGAAAAAGAGAGUGGUAAAAAAGAAGAAGAAUGGAUAGUUGGUGUUUUAACAACAAGUGAUAGAGUUAGUCAAGGUAUUGCAAUUGAUCAAUCAGGACCAGAGAUUGUUGCAAUCAUAAAGAAUCAAUUGAAACAAAUGAUGGGAGAGAGUUGUUCAAUCAAUGUUAUUACAGUUUAUAAAGUUGUACCAGACGAAAUUGAACAUAUUCAACAAAUGAUAACUCAAUGGACUCAUUUAAAAUAUAAAUUAAUUCUCACUACUGGUGGUACAGGAUUUACACCACGUGAUGUUACACCAGAAGCAAUUAAACCAUUAUUAAAUCGUAGAACUAAAGGUAUUGAAAUUGCAAUGUUAAAAACAAGUUUAGAUAUUACACCACAUGCAAUGUUAUCACGUCCAAUAGCAGGUAUUCGUGACCAAACUCUUAUCAUCACUCUACCUGGUAGUGUUAAAGCAAUUCGUGAAAAUUUAGGUGUUGUUUUACCUGCAAUUCCUCAUGCAAUUGGUUUAAUUAAUUCAAAACCAAAAUCAUCAUUACCAGAAUCUCAUAGAUCAAAAGAUUAUAUUAAAAAUUCACAAAUUGAUUCAAAUUUAAUUAUUAAUCAAAAUAAUCAAAAUAAUAAUAAUAAUAAUAAUAAUAAUAAUAAUAAUAAUAAUAAUAAUAAUAGUCAUAAUCAUCAUCAUCAUCAUCAUCAUUCAUGUGGUGGAUCAGGUAAAAGAGGCUCAAGUUAUAAUAUGACACCAGUUGAUGAAGCUAUUAAAAUAAUAUUAGAACAAUGUGAUAAUAUUAAUAAUGAAUUAGAAAAAGUUGAAAUUACAAAAUCAUUAGGUAGAAUUUUAGGUGAAGAUAUAUCAUCAGUUGAACCAUUUCCAAAUUUUAGAGCAUCAAUAAAGGAUGGUUAUGCAAUUAGAUCAAAAGAUGGUAUUGGUAAAUAUAGAUUAUUAGGUGAUUCAGUUGCUGGUAAUACUGGUGAAAAUUUAAUACCACCACAACCACAACAACCAACUAAUUCUAUUAAUGAUGAUGAUAAUGAAAAAUAUUGUGUACGUAUUACUACUGGUGCAAAGAUACCAGAUGGUUAUGAUUCAGUUGUAAUGAUUGAAGAAACAGAGAUGAUUGGUGAAAAUAUGGUUAGUAUUGAAGUAACAUGUAAACCUGGUCAAGACAUUAGAGAGAUUGGUAGUGAUAUAGCAUCUGGUACGAUUGUAUUGAAUAAAGGUGAUAAAAUUGGUUGUGCAGAGAUUGGUUUAUUGGCAACACUUGGUAUUCAAUGGGUUCAUUGUCCAAAGUUACCAAGUAUUUCAAUCAUUUCAACUGGUGAUGAAUUAACAGAUUAUCAAAGUAAGAGUGAUUCAAUGAAGAGUGGUAUCAUUAGAGAUAGUAAUUCACCAACUUUAGCAACUAUUCUUCAAGAGAUUUCAAAUCAUUUCGGUGAAUGUUGUUCAAGAGAUAAUAUUAACCUCGUUGGUAUUAUACCUGAUAAAUUGGAGAAUUUAAAAGACACUCUAUUAGAUUGCUCAAAGAAAUCUGAUAUCAUCAUUACAAGUGGUGGUGUUUCAAUGGGUCAUUUAGAUUUAGUUAAACCAUUAUUAGAAAAAAUUGGUACCGUUCAUUUUGGUAGAGUAAAUAUGAAACCUGGUAAACCUUUAACAUUUUCAACUAUAACCACCACUACUACCGAUAAUAAUAAUCAAGAGGAGGAGAAGAAGAAGAAAACAACUUUAGUAUUUUCAUUACCAGGUAAUCCAGUUAGUACAGUUGUAACAUUUUAUUUAUUCGUCGUACCUGCACUUCGUAAAUUAGGUGGAUUUGGAAUUAAAAAUAAUGGUUCACAAUUGAAUUUACCAUGUGUUGAAGUUAAACUAUUGGAUAGAAUUCAAUUGGAUCAUGAAAGACCAGAAUAUCAUCGUUGUACUAUAGAAUGGGAUUUCCAAGAGCAUUGUUUUGUCUCAAAAAGUACUGGUUCACAAGCAUCUUGUCGUUUACUAAGUUUAAAACAAGCAAAUGCUUUAUUAGUAUUACCUCAAAAACAUGGUCAUUUAGAAAAAGGUUCAAUGGUAAAAGCAAUUUUAAUUGGUCCAAUAAAUAAUUAA